AUGGGAAUAACAAAUUUACUUCCUUUCGUAAAAAAUGCUUGUCGACCUGGGAAUAUUAGAGAACUUGAAGGGCAAACUGUGGCAGUGGAUAUCAGCUGUCUUCUUCAUAAAGGCCUCUUCGGAUGCGUACAACAGGCUGCAGAGGGAUUGAAUCCAAAGAAUUAUAUAACAUACGUGCAACGUCGCGUGGAAGCCUUGCUCAAUUUAAACUGUUAUGUUAUUUUGGUUUUUGAUGGAGCUCCUCUACCAGCUAAAAAGGGGGUGAAUGAUCAAAGAAGAGAAAACAGAAUGGAAAAUAUGAGAGUAGGUACAUUUCUACUUUCCCAGGGAAAAAAAAACGAAGCCGUCGGUAGGCUGCAGAAAGCUGUUAGCCUAACUAGGGAUGUAAUAGAAGAAACACUGGAGGUAUUUCGAAAAAUCUCUCGAGUAGAUGUUAUAGUCGCUCCUUAUGAAGCCGAUGCGCAGUUAGCUUUUCUUUUAGAAAACAAUUUGGCAGAUGUUGUAAUCACUGAAGAUUCUGACUUGAUUGUGUUUGGUUGCUCCAAAAUUGUAUUCAAAUGGGAUUUCGAAUCUGAAUCUUGCUCUAUCUACCAGAAAUCACUUCUACCCAAUUGUUUCACAGGGGAAAUGAAUAGAAAUUUCGAUUUCAUCAAGUUUAGAAGAAUUUGUAUUCUGUCAGGCUGCGAUUACUUACAAAAUGGACUACCCGGCGUGGGGUUGAGCAAAUCGUAUAACUUUUUCACUAAAACUUCGCAAACUCAAUUAGAAAAGAUUCUGCCACGCAUUCCUAGUUAUCUGAAAAUGCCGAAGCUCGUUGUUACAAGUUCGUUUGUCCAGGAUUUCAUUAAAGCUGAACUAACUUUUCUGCAUCAGAUAGUUUUUGAUCCCAGGCAAAGAAAACAGCGCCCUCUCAGCUCUUACGGAAAUGAAACUUGUGAAAAUCUUCAUUUUGCUGGGAGCAUAGCUGAGGAUUUUGAUGCUGUUCGUCAUUCUCUGGGAAAUAUAAUCAGUGAGUCUGCUGAUAACGAUAAAUUUAAGUUACCAGAGGUUAUACCAUCCUGGUCAGUGUGGACGAGCCAAUCCUCAAAGAAUAAUGAAUCUGAAGAAAAACCUGUUAGCUGUUGCUUCUAA